GGCACCAAGACUAGUUCACCAAAUAAAUGUUUCCACUCCCGUGGGUUUGGUUUUCCGAUUAAAUUUCUGGACCACGGCGGGACGUCAGCCACUUAAUUCAUCAGCAAAAUUAACUUGGACGGAAGGAGCCUCUCAGAUCAACGUGUGAUAUGACUUGAUAAUGGUCCCGCUGUCUGACGCCCAUAGUAACAGCAACAACAAGGCUAUAAAAGGUAAUAAUCGGAGAGAAACAGCAUUGUUAUUCCACCUUAACAACGAAAGGUGGCCACUGAAAAGGGCUGGUUUGUCAAUACAAAGAAAUAAUGCAAACAGGAACAGGGAUGAUGUCAUCAAAUUUGCAGAUCCGAAAGUGUUCCUUACCCAUGGGGGUUCUCUGCAGGAAAUUCUCCUCGAAUACCACUCAAUCGAUCAGAUCAGAGCCAAGGAUGCCAUCCUUCUCCUCAAUAGACAGUCAGAGCAUCAAUCCUACCAGGGUGGUCAAGGAGGUCAGGGCACUGAUGGUUGACAUGGGCACAGGCUAUUUCAAAGCAGGCUUUGGUGGCCAUGCCAAGCCUUCAGUCGUCAUCUCUUCCACAGUGGGUAGACCCAUGCAGCGGAGUGCCAAGACUGGAGACAACCGGCAGGAGAACUUUGUGGGCAGUGAGCUGAGAGCCCCUACAGAGCUGCGGCUCAUCAACCCUCUCCGGCAUGGCAUUGUAUUGGAUUGGAAUGGUGCCGAGGCCAUCCUGGCCUACAUCUUUGAGAAGGAGAUGAAGGUGCAGCCCGAAGACCAUGCCGUGAUGGUGGCUGACCCACCCCUGAGCCCCACCACCAACCGCGAGAGGAUGGCCGAACUCCUCUUUGACACCUUCAACAUUCCAGCCAUACACAUCACAAGGCAGUCGCUGCUUUCUAUCUAUGCCUAUGGCUGCACCAGUGGGCUGGUGGUGGAGAGUGGCCAUGGUUCCUCCUGUGUCGUCCCCAUCCAUGAAGGCUAUAUCAUGCCUCACAUCACUGCUAGCGUUGAUUAUGGAGGCUGUGACCUUACAAAAUAUUUGCUAAAACUCAUCAACCAGAAUGGGCACAAGUUAAAUGCCAAUGACUAUCAUCUUGUGGAGCAAAUCAAACAGGAGUAUUGUUACACCGCUAUUGACUUUGAUGGUGAGAUGCGGGGUGAGACCAAAGAGUACAUAGCACACUUUGAGUUGCCAGAUGGUAAGACUAUCACGGUUGGCAAAGAAAGGAUUAAAUGCCCUGAAGCCCUCUUCAAUCCAUCACUCAUGGGUUCCAGAGAGGCUGGGCUGCAUACAUUGGCUCUGAACAUCAUCAAUAAAUGUGACUCUAGCCUGCUAGAGGAAAUGUACACAAAUAUCCUGCUCUGUGGGGGCUCAACCAUGUUCUCUGGAUUCCGCGUUCGUUUCCAGAAGGAAUUAAGAAAACUGGCACAAGACAUGAACCCGCAAGUGCAAGCAAUUCCUGAGAGAAGAUAUUCAGUCUGGUUUGGAGGUUCAAUCCUAUCCUGCAUCAAAUCCUUCCAGCAACUGUGGGUUAGCAAAAGGGAUUACGAUGAGCGUGGACCACUGGCUAUCUAUAGAAAAUGUUUCUGAAACUGAGGUUUUAAACACAUUAUUUUUUUUAAAAAAGCACACAGCUGAUUUCCAUCUCUGAAUGUAACUUAAAUUAAUUGAAGAUUGGUUUAAACAUGCAAACAUAAUAAAGUCUUAUAAUCCGUGUGAUUAUUGAAAGAUGAUCAUGGAUAUUGAGAUGUGAUUAAAUGGUAAAUGCAUGAUGUCACAUGGAAUCUUAAUGAGUUCCACUGACUUUGUGAACCAGGACUGUAGGCUGUGCAUGUGAAUUGUAACAAGGCCAGGAAUAUAUCUGGCUGCUGUGUAUGAUGUUCAGAUCAAUGUAGAACGAUUGUGCUGCUCAUAGUGUGGAUAGGUCAUUACAUCACUUAAAUGUCUCCUCUUAGGGCAAUGUUCAUUGACAUUAAUUUGUAUUCUGUUACAAUAUAGACUAUUUUACUGGGUAUAACUGCUCAUCUUUUACUGUAGCACCAUAUUCCAAUAUGUUGAAAAGAGAC